AGCCUUGGAGCAUGGACUAUUUGAAGCGCCUGAUUGUUGGCAGACCGGCGAGCCCUCAAGCGUGUGGUCAGCCAGAAUCGGCUGCUCUAAACGGCGUUUUUGCGCGCACCGCACGGCAUUCCCGGCACUCACCAGUUCACUCAAGUCUGCUGCCAUGUGCUCUGGACCAGACCAGUAUUAUUGGCUCCGUGCUUAUUUAUGAGUUUGGUUUAUUAUUUAUUUCUAAGUGGUGCCACGCACUGAUUGGCCGCGGCACUACCAUCUGGCACCGAACGAACAGACGACGCCAAUUGGACUCAAUUAGCGAUGCCCAUCAUGGAGGAGAUCCUGUACGUGUUCAAUAUCGAUCCCAAGCAGAAGAUGCGCGUGCCGUCCUGGUCGCAGGCUCACUCGGCGCUCAGCAGGAAAAAGCUGAUUCUGCAGAGCGACGACACCAAGCUGGCCAAGGUACUCACCACCCUUGACUUGACCGCUCUGGGGGUGGGCAGCACUCUGGGCGUCGGCGUCUACGUGCUGGCGGGCGAAGUGGCCAAAACGACCGCUGGCCCAGCGGUCAUCGUCUCCUUCCUCAUCGCCGCCCUCGCAUCAGUUCUGGCAGGGCUGUGCUAUGCAGAGUUCGGGGCGCGGGUGCCAAAAGCCGGCUCCGCCUACGUCUACAGCUACGUGUGCAUCGGGGAGUUUUUCGCCUUUAUCAUUGGCUGGAACCUCAUCCUAGAGUACCUGAUCGGUUCCGCUUCCUGCCUGAAGGCCCUCUUCCUCUACUUUGACAAUUUGGCCAACAAUUCCAUGUCGCACUACUUCCAGCAGACCAUGCCAAUGAUGGGCGGCCAAGUUGGCACCUACGCCGAUAUCUUCUCGCUGGUCCUCAGCAUCAUUUUCGCAGUGGCUUUGGCUUUCGGCGCCAAAGAGUCCUCGCUGGUCAACAACGUGUUCACGCUGGUCAACAUCUGCAUUGUGCUGCUGGUGAUCGUUUCUGGAAUCUUCAAAUCCGACCCGAACAACUGGAGCCGGACUGCACAAGAAGCGAUGGGAGUUGGCCUGGGGGGCUUCGCCCCCUAUGGCAUCAAGGGCAUCAUCAAGGGGGCUGCCAAGUGUUUCUACGGCUUCAUCGGGUUCGAUUGCAUCGCCACCGCUGGCGAGGAGGCCAAGACGCCCCAGAAAUCGAUCCCCAUUGGCGUGGUGAUGUCUCUACUAAUUGUCUUUCUGGCCUACUUUGGCAUGUCCACGGUGCUAACGAUGAUGCUGCCCUACUACGAGCAAGAUACCACCGCCCCCCUGCCCCACGUCUACGACCAGAUCGGCUGGACGACGGUCAAGUACGUCGUCAGCAUAGGAGCCUGCUGUGGCCUAUUUUCCAGCCUGCUGGGUGCGAUGUUUCCGCUGCCACGGAUCAUCUAUGCCAUGGCCGCCGAUGGGCUCCUCUUUCAGGCGUUGGCGCGCGUUCAUCCCAAGUUCCAGACGCCCUUCACUGGGACGCUGCUGGCGGGCGCCGUCACAGGUAUUCUGGCGUGCAUCUUCGAGCUGAGCAAGCUGACAGAGAUGAUGUCGAUCGGGACGCUGCUGGCCUAUUCGAUGGUGGCGGCGUGCGUCCUGGUGCUGCGCUACGCCCCCGAUGCCAAAAAGUCUGACGCCGACGACACGGUCACGCUGCGCUCGUUGUUCAAACGCGCCGACACCAGCUAUCCAACACGCGCCACUUCCGCCAUCGUGUCCUGGAUCAUCAUCAUCUUCUUCGCGCUGUGCUUUGUAUUGUCCGGUCUGAUGACCGGAUUCGAGGACAGCCUGUAUCGGGGUGAGCUGUGGCUGAUUGGGAGCAGCGUCGCCAUCGGCGCCGUGCUGGUUCUCUUGCUCUAUUUGGUAGCGCAACAACCCACCUCCGACGUCAAGCUCGGCUUCACGGUGCCGCUAGUGCCCUGGAUUCCCGGCGUCAGCAUCUUUAUCAACAUCUACCUGAUGACCAACAUCAAUCAGGACACCUGGCUGAAGUACGUCUACUGGAUGGCGAUUGGGCUAGUGAUUUACUUUACCUACGGGAUUUGGCACAGCAAGGAGCGCUCACCGCCACUGACUGCCUACUGCGCAACACCCAAAACGAACGGCGACAGCACUUAUUACGGUGCCACUGCGCCAGUGUUUGCUGAAGACCGUCUGUGAGAUCCGCCCUAAUUCUAAGCCUGCUCUUACCUCGCCCUUUUCUUAUCCAAGCCAAAGUGAAAUCCAAUUGCGUUUUGCGUUUGUAAACCCACACUCCAAGUAAAAGACAAGUCUUGAAGACGGCA